AAAUAUCUUAUCAAAACGUUGAUUCACACGUUCGUAUCCACAUCCUCAUCUCUGACACGAUUCGAGCGUUAUUCACCUGCUUAUUUUACCUGCAAGUGUUAAUUUUGAUUCUAAUCUACCUAUAACGUGGUUAGUUUUGGUAAAAACAACAAUGUGUUCUAAAAAGUUAUUAUGCUAUGUUGCUAUUGGCCUAUUAAUCAUGGGAAUCUUUAUGGAUGGAGUUGAAGCAAGACGUAAAAUUUUGAAAGGUCGAAAAACAAUUACUAGGCGUUAUUAUUGGGGAACUGCAAUACCAGCAUGGUCUAUAGUACUUCUAAUAGGAAUUAGCAUGCUAUUUGCCGGCGGUGGACUCUACGUCCUAUUACAAAAAUUUGUGGUUGAUAAUGCUGAUACUGGAGAAAGCCAUGCAUCAUACCAACCUGCAUUGCAAACUGAAGCUGCACCUUAGAUAUCCAAUGUUAUAUAUAUGUAAUGUAGAUAAAAAAUGUUUUUAUACAAAAAAUUGUAUGCAGUAUGACAAUUUAUUAUUUAUUUUUAUAUAA